AUGCUAUUAACGAGAAAUUGCAAUUCAGAUGUUGUUGAUCGUUAUCCCGAACUUUCUGCAGAACAGGAAUACGAAUAUGAAUUCUUCAGGCGCAACUAUACAGGAUCUCACAAUGUUGAUUUUUACGAAGUAAUCAAGUUAGGAAAAUGUUCUACAAGUAGAAAAACUAUCGAGGCUGAUUCUUAUAAAUAUAUACUCAAACAAGUCGAACCACUCAUAGCCAUAAAGUUUGUUGAACGUAAUCCAGAGACCAGAGGAAAUGUCUUUGGAAGGUUCAUACAGCUGAACAUCAAUGGUUUGAACGUACCUGAACGAAAGACCCAACUGGUACAGCUACUACAAAGGAAGCAGUAUGAUGCCGUUUUUCUCCAACAGUCCAAGCUCGGUUCAAGGAAUAAAGACCCUAUCAUCAAUGGUUAUACUUUGAUCAGAUUAAACAGACCUAAUGCUCUCAACCAUCGAAGUGGUGGGGGUCUGGCCAUCUACAUCAAAAAUGGUAUAUCCCAUAGUGAGGUUCCUCUGAAAACCAUCGCUCCUCUGGAGGCACAGGCGUUGCCCGGGACCGACAAUAUUGUGCUUGGUGAUUUUAACGCCAAACACGUAUUGUGGGGCUCGCCAACAACUGACACUAAUGGUAGACAAGUUGCUGAGUUCAUUGAGGCCAAUGACCUGGUUAGCAUAAAUGAUGGUAGCAUUACUUAUGUUGGUGCAAUUGCUCCUCUUGGUUCGCAUCUCGAUCUCACAUUAGUAAGCAGUCGGUUAGCUAAAGACUGUACGUGGGAAGCAACCAGUCUUCGAGUUUUCCAACAGAUAACAGAUAAUCUAACCAAACCAAACCAAACCAACGACUACCAUUCGACUACCAAUCAACAAGAAAUACCAUGA